AUGGCAACACUAACUUUUGGUUGAUGAGCUGUUAAGUUAACGACGUGAUUACUUAGUAGUAUAAUAAAAACCAAAAGAAAAAGAAAAUGAUGUUUGAAAAUCUAAAGGAUAAAAUUAUUAAUGUUCAACAUGACCUGACCUCAAGCUUAAGAAAUCUAACUGUAGGAGAUCCUAAGAAUUUCAAAACUCAUGUUCGUGGUAAAAAAGGAGCUAGCCUGAACGCUGGAGCUGAUCUGCUUCACUAUUACAAAAGCCAGUGGGAAGAACUACACAGAACCAGUGAAGAAAAUGCUGAAGCUGCUGAAGAUGUGGCUUAUCGUAUAAGUGAUUUGAACAAGUUUUGCAGACAAGAACAAGAUUUGAUGAAGCAGUUCAAUUACCAACUCAGCCUUGCUCCUGGUCUUCACAGUAGUGUUAUGAAUCUAAUGGGAAGAAUAGGUGAGUUACAAGGAUUAUUUGAAGAAGUGGAAUCCUCAUUGCUAAAUCUAGAGAAUGUUUUAGAAACACAAGCUCUCCAGGAGAAACAGCUUGACCACCGGUUUCAGUUGGCUUUGUAUAAAGAAAAGAAAUUGGCAGCAUUUGAAGAACUUAAAGUUAAACUUGCUCAGGAACAUUCUAAGAAGGUUCAAGAGUUUGAGAUGAGGCAGCAAAAAGUUUUGAAAGAAAGACAAGAAGCCUUCCGAGAAGCUUUUGAAGAAGAAAUGCAACACUACAAGAUCCAUGGUCGUGUAGAAAGAUUAUCAAGCACUGGUAGUGCAGGGCAUCCUUUCGGGCUGGAGGAUGUGGAGUUGGAAAAUAAUGAGGUGGAUCAGUCAGCACUUGAUGCUUUUCUUGCUGAAGAACUUUCACCAGGGAGUAAAGAUGAGCUGGACACUGACAAAGAUGAGCUGGACACUGACAAAGAUGAACUGGAUACUGUCAAAGAUGAUCUGGAUAAAAGAAACAAGGAUCAUGAUAACCAAACAGUAACAAGAUGAAAAUUUAUAGCUUUAGAUAUUGCAUAGUUUUGUAACACCCAUAUACAGCAAUACAUACAGAUACUGUUACACUGUAUUAAUCUUAUUAAGUGAUCAGUCAAAAGUUUUAUUGGAUUAACUGUGCAUGGUUUAAUUUUGUAGCAUUAAGUAAUUGUUGCUUUAUUUUGAUAGUUUAUAUAAAGAAAAAUAUACUGUAAAUUUACAUGAUUUUGAAAAAUGUUCAUUUAAUAUUCAUGAUUGAUAUUUAUACAUUUGAUCUACUUUUUUAAUAAGUAGUGUUAAUGUGUAUAUUUUACAGCUGUUAUAUCACAGAUACGUGAGGCAAACCAAAGGAUUACAACAUCAUAGAUAAACAUAUCUUAGUUGAAGUUUUAGUUGUUGCAAAUUUUUCAGGAAUGAAAUUUUUUGUACAUAUAUACCAUGUAAAUAUUAAUUCUAUAUUGUAGUUUUCUCAAAAUUAACAUUUAAAGCUAUGAUACAUUCCAAGUUUUUGGUACACAAUUUUGUUUUUUAUAAGAUGCAUCUGUUCUUAACUUAUGAUCAUUGAAAUGGUGCACAAGUAAAACUAAAAUGAUCAAGCUUUAAUAUGAUUAUGUUCUUUUAGCAUAAGCUAUGGAAAAACCUAAAUAGGUUUUGAAGACAUAUUUCAGUACACUUUGUGUUGAUUUUUAUGUUUGUUAUAACUUGGUUAAUAACAUACAAAGUUGUUAAAAAUAACUUCAGAAAAGGCUAUGUGGGGAAAACUGUAGAAAUUAAUCAAAACAUAAUUUAUUAUAAGCUUGUUAAGUAUAAUCAUUUGACAUUGGGUCCAAUAAAGAAUAGUAAUAAAGUGUUUUGGAUAUGUACAUUCAUUUUGUGCUCCUGUUUCACUCUGGCAGUGAUUAAAUUACAAGUGUACAUGUUGUGAACAUAUUUAUAUUCUAGGAAAUACACUUCAUAAGUAUUCUCUA